AUCUAUAAGCAAGCGUGAAAAAGUUAGAACCCUAAUUAAUUUCACCAUCUGUUUCAAACAAUGACGACGAUCUCUGAUCUUUCCACAGAUUUGAUCGGGGAGAUACUCUCCAAAGUACCGAUUACAUGUGUUGGAAAUGUACGAUGCACUUGCAAACGAUGGAAUGCUUCAUCGAGACAUAGGAUAGUUGGUAAAGCAGGAGCUAGGCAGUUUACGGGGUUCAUGAUGAUGGAUUUUAAGGUUUGUUCAGCGAGAGUCGAUCUCAAUGGAUUACUCAAGGACGAGGAAGGCUCUGGUCCAAUAUCUAUAAAACCAAUUGAUAGGUUCAAUAAAAUCGAGAUAUCUAAAGUGUUUCACUGCGACGGCUUGUUGUUAUGCGCGACCAAAGACAACACGAGUCUAUUGGUUUGGAACCCGUAUCUAGGGCAAACGAAGUGGAUCGAGCCCAAAAAGUCUUACCACAGACUGGACAGAUAUGCUCUAGGAUACGAUAAAAACAAGAAAUCGUACAAAAUAUUGAGGUUUGUGGAUGAUGCAUACUGGCCCACAACCCUUUUUGAGUUCGAAAUCUACGAUAUGAACUCAAACAUGUGGAGGACUCUUGAUGUCACUCCCGACUGGGAUAUAGAGUUUUUUCGACCCGGCUUGACAGUGAAAGGAAACUCUUACUUUUUUGCUAAACAGAAAAUAAUGUUAGACAUAGAGGAAGCAGAAGAUGAUGUGGAUGAUUUCUUUGUCUCUUUUGACUAUACAAAAGAGAGAUUUGGACCACAUCUGCACGUGCCGUUUCACUCUCAUCUCUACGAAGACACCGUGGCUCUAUCGAGUGUGGGAGAAGAGAAGCUUGCAGCACUAUAUCAGUGCAUGGAUAAAAAUAUGAUGGAGAUAUGGGUUACGACUGAAAUUGAGCCCCACGAGGUGUCGUGGAGCAAAUCUUACUUCUUAGCAGUUGAUAAGAUGAUCCCUCUCGUAAAUGGAAGUUUCUUCAUUAACGAGGAAAAGAAACUCGCACUGGUUGUCACUUUAGAUGCACUUGGUCGCCACAAAAGGGCUUACAUCAUUGGAGAGGAUGGGUAUUUUAAACAAGUGGAUCUAGGAGAAGCUAUUGUGAUUCCUGAUGAAGAUGAGUAUCCCUGUUUCCCACUCUUGUGCUCUUACGUGCCAAGUUUAGUGCAAAUCAACCAAGGAAAAAGGAAAGAAUGAUAAGUUCAUUUUUAUAAGUGCCGUGUUUUUUUCCGCAUAUCAUCUUUCUCUUUGUUUUAUUUUGCCUUUCGUCA